UAACUCUACAUACUCCAUCACAGGAACAGAAAUAUAAAUUUUCAAACACUAUACAACAUUAUAUAGUGAAACUUAAAGACACAUUCUAUUUCAGUUGGCAGGAUAUGGCACAAUACGAUCUUCCCGCCGUACUAAACCAUGUUCUGAACGUUACCAAGGCAGACACAAUAUAUUAUAUUGGUCACUCACAGGGGACGCUGAUGGCCAAUGCACAGUUUAGCGAGGACACAGAACUAGCCGCCAAGAUCAAACUGUUCAUAUCUUUGGCCCCAAUAGGCAAAGUAACACAUGUUGGAGGGUUUUUGGGAUUUAUAAGCCCAUUAGUUAACCUCAAAGAUGCAGAGUUGCUGUUUGGUAAGAAAUCUUUUGAUCAAAAUUCAACCCUGACCAAGUGGUAUGCUGACAUCUUUUGUACAGUUUUGCCUGCACAAUACAUAUGUAAUGGAUUAUCCUCCAUCAUAAUGGGUUGGGACAGGAGGAAUCUUAACAUGACAAGAAUUCCAGUGUUUUUAUCUCAUUCUAACGAAGGAUCAUCAGCAAAAGAUAUCAUCCAUUAUUUUCAGGAAAUCCAGGCUGAUAAAUUUCAGAAAUAUGAUUAUGGGCCAGAAGGAAACCUUAAACAUUACAAUCAGACCACACCCCCAGAGUAUAACCCCCAAAAUAUGCAUGUACCAGCAGCCAUGUACUACGGAGACAAAGACUUCUUAGCUGACAGGACUGAUGUACAGUAUCUCCUAGACAAUUUACCGAAUAUUGUCCACCAAAAAGAAUUUCCAAACUGGAAUCAUGUCGAUUUUGUAACUGGAUUGAAUGUACAUCAACUUUUAUAUAAAGAUAUUUUAAACUUAAUGUCCAAAUUCAAAUAA